AUGGUGGAAGAGCAGGAGGGAAACGAUUUGGAUGAACAAGACGCCCCAUCCACAUCAAAAAACGAUCGACCGAUGACCUUCGCCGAGUUGAUCGCCAGCUAUGAUGAUUGGGAAUCAGAUUUUUCGGAUCAAUCGUGGGCUGAAAUCACGGAACAAGAUGAGAGUCUGCACACGGAUUACUCGGAAAACGAAGCUUUGUCGACGGUGGAAGCGGACGGUGAAGCAGAAGGGGAUGGAGAUAGAGAGCCACUGAUCGAUACGGAAAGAAACCGUCGCAAGGUCCGCCCGCCACGAAAAGCAUCGACUCGAGCCAAGUUCGAGAAAACUCUUGAAACGAAUCAUUUGAACGAGGAAAUCUUCCGAAGUGGCACUCGUCGAUCGCAGAGAAUCGCUGACCGAGAAGAGACAUCGACAAAGAAGCGAUUCCGGGACAUGUCACUUGCUUCAGGCGAUGAAAUGCCUCAGAGGAAACUCUUUCGCGAGAAUUCCAUCACGUCGCAAUCGAGUCAACCAACGGAUAAUGAGGAAAUCGUGAUCAAGAUGAGAGAGAAUUGGGAAGAGCCGAAGCUGGGAUGGUUGACCGAUCAACAAGUGUUGGCCAGGAGGACACGAGAAAUUCAGAGGGCCAAAGAGAAGACGAUCUAUCAUCGCUAUCGUGAAAUAGUGCUGAAGGAGAAUCGCGUGAAAGGAAUUCAUCCGACGACCCCGAACAAACUCAUCAAUUUUUCGCGAAGGAGCUGGGAUCAACAAGUCCGUCUCUGGAAACGCGCGCUGUACGUUUGGAGUGGAGAAGAACCAUCGGAGAGUUGCUGUUCGGAUGUGGGAUCGGUUUCGGGAGACUCGGAGUGCGAUGAGAGCACGGUGCUCCGUGCUGGAAAUGUCAAGAAGAAGAAAAAGGAGCGCACUUUGGCCGACCUCAGCCUCGCCGACAUCGAUGUUCGUCCGGAUGCCGAUGUGAUGGCCUCACUUCUCAAUCAUUUCGACAUUAACUCGAGCGCCGGUGACACCACUUUGAAGGCUCCAUCGGCCAGGAACACACUCGGACCAACCGAUUUCUCAAAGCUU